CAUCCAUGUUGUAAGUGAGCCGUCAUCCGAAUUCCGAUCCGACACGCCUUCGCUUUGCCACCCUCGAGUCGUUGACGACCAUCUGAACGAUGCUCAGAACGCUCGCACGUCCCUGCGUACGCCUGUCAUCGUCGAUUGGCACUGUCGGUCGACGCUGCAUCCAGUCCUCUUCUGUGUCCAAGGCUUCCGCCUCCCCGUUCACCGAGCCUACUUCUCCCAAUCCCACCGCAACGAAAUAUGCCCAGACCACCGAGUCCUUACACACCUACGGCUCCUAUCUCACUCAGUGCCUUCCCAAGUUCAUUCAACAGUUCUCCGUCUUGAAAGACGAACUUGUUCUCCAUGUCGCACCCUCGGCGAUCAUUCCUGUCUUGUCGUUCUUGCGGGAUCAUUCUCAGUGCCAGUUCAAGAGUGCCGUGGACAUCACAGCCGUCGAUUUUCCUGAGAGAGAAAAGCGCUUCGAGGUCGUGUACAACCUUCUGAGUGUCAAGCACGCAGGCAGAAUUCGGGUUAAGACCUACGCUGCCGAGUCCGACGCAGUCCCAAGCUGUGUAUCUGUCUUCCGUGGUGCAGACUGGUAUGAGAGAGAGACUUGGGAUAUGUUUGGCGUGUUCUUCUCUGGUCAUCCUGACCUUCGACGUAUACUUACCGACUACGGCUUUGAAGGACAUCCACUUAGAAAAGAUUUCCCCCUGACGGGCUACACAGAGGUUCGCUACGACGAAGAGCGGAAGCGCGUUGUAUACGAACCGCUGCAGUUGACCCAGGCAUUCCGCAACUUUGAGUCGCUCUCACCCUGGGAACAAGUAGGUGGGGGAACUGAACCUAUACGGCCAGCAGAACUCAAACCUGUCCCACCUCCUGCGGACAGCCCUCGAGAGUAGCACUUUUGCAAAUCAGUACAUUCCCUGUUAGACGCCGUUCAGGCCACACCAUAUAAUACAU